GGUCCGGUUCGUUUAAUGAUGCGUCUCAGCUAUUUGUGGAGGCAAAUAUAAAAAUUGGAGCUCCUAUCUUGACUUUCGGGCCGCUAUCCAAGGUAGGGGGGGGGGCGUAUAUUCCGCAUCCCAUCCUCCUACAGCCCGCCUUUGCGCUGGAGAGGAGAGAGCGGGAGAGAACCGCAGACCAACAGGCUGGGUGGGGGUGGGGGGGCCGGAGAGAGCCGGACAAGUAAGGGGCGAUGGCGGCCGGUGCGGGAUGCGCGGAGUCGGUGGAGCAGUACCGGGUCGAGGUGGAAAGGCUGGCUCAGGAGCUGAGCGAAGCCAACCGGGAGAAGAUCCGGGCUGCCGAAUGCGGGUUGGUGGUCCUGGAGGAGAACCAGGCGCUGAAGAACAAGUGUGCCGAACUGGAGAGCGAGCAGGAAGCUCUAAAGAAGGAGUUGGAACAAUUACAGGAGGCAUUUGGCCAAGCAUACAGCAUCCAGCGUAAGGUGGCCGAAGACGGCGAGAGCAACGAGGAGACGCUGCUGCAGGAGUCGGCUUCCAAGGAAGCGUAUUACGUGUCUCGCAUUUUGGAGCUUCAGACAGAGCUGAAUUUGAGUUGUUCUGUCACAUCCAACACGCGUUCAGAGAAUGAGAGGCUCAAUGCAGUCAUGUUGGAGAUGCGAGAGAGCAAUGAAAUGCUGGAGCUCCAGAGGGGUCGGAUGAGGGAAGAGAUCAAGGAGUAUAAAUUCCGAGAGACGCGGCUGCUUCAGGAUUACACGGAGCUGGAGGAGGAGAACAUCACCUUGCAGAAAUUGGUGUCUACGCUAAAGCAGAGCCAGGUAGAGUAUGAGGGUCUCAAGCACGAGAUUAAGGUGUUGGAGGAGGAGACGGUUCUGCUCAACAGCCAACUUGAAGACGCUUUACGUCUGAAAGAAAUCUCCGCGGGACAACUGGAGGAAGCCUUGGAUGCCCUAAAGAGUGAACGUGAGCUGAAGAACAAUCUACGCAAAGAGUUGGCCCAUCACCUCAGCCUGAGUGACAGCGUCUACGGGGCAGGCGCCCACAUUGCCCUCACCGUCACUGGCGUGGAAGGCCUCAAGUUCCCAGAGGAGCUCACUGGGGGCACCAACAGCAGCAGUGCCGCCGUCAAUGGCAACAGUGAUGACGCUUGUCGACACAAUGGCCAUUUUCAAAAAAUGAAUGGAGACUACCGUACCGGAAGAAAGGGUGAGGGUCUGCAUCCGGUACCAGACCUCUUUAGUGAGCUCAACUUGUCGGAGAUGCAGAAGCUUAAACAGCAACUUGUGCAGGUGGAGCGUGAGAAAGCAUCAUUGCUCAUGAACCUGCAGGAGUCAGAGACCCAGCUACAACAUGCACAAGGUGCCCUCACGGAGCAGAGUGAGCGCGUCCAUCGCCUUACGGAGCACGUCAAUGCCAUGAAGCAUCUCAAUGGUGGCAAAGAGCUGGAUGACCCUCGAGAAAAUGAGAAAUCUGCUGUCAGCUCCCUGUCACCACAAGCAAACGGUCACCACGAUGUUGACAUACAUGGCUUUGAGGCCCUGGAGUGUAAAUAUAAGGUGGCAGUAACAGAGGUGAUUGAGCUGAAAACGGAGCUGAAGGCCUUGAAGGAAAAGUACAGCCAUGCUGUGGGGGUAGAAACAGAUGGUCACAUUGACGACAGGGUGCACUCAUUGAGCGAACAGGUAAGCCAUUUGGAGAGCACUUUACGGGAAGGCCGCGAAAAAGUAGUGAGCCUGGAGGCAGACUUACGAGCGUCGGCGAGUGCUGCCGCAGAGAGCCAAGCCCUGCUGAACACAGCACAAGACGAGCUGGUGACCUUCAGCGAGGAGCUGGCGCAGCUGUACCACCACGUGUGUCUGUGCAAUAACGAGACACCUAACCGUGUCAUGCUCGACUACUACCGCCAGAGCAGAGUCACGCGCGGCGGCAGCCUCAAAGGCUCUGAAGACCCACGGGCUUUACUCUCCCCUCGCCUGGCCCGACGCCUGGCUGCGGUUUCGGCGCUCUGCUCCUCCGAAACACAACGUAGUCCCGCGGACUCCCCGUCCAAAGACGUCCAGUGCAGGGAUUCAACCUCAAAUAUGGCGGAGUCUCCGGCUCACCACUGUAGCCCCACCCGCAACGCCGUGGGCUCCCCUAUCAUCAGCAGUUCCCCUUGCCCAUCACCAGCACCCUCCGAUGCAGGAGGAGACCUGCGGAAGGAGCCCAUGAACAUCUACAACUUAAAUGCCAUCAUCAGAGACCAGAUCAAGCACCUGCAGAGGGCUGUUGACCGCUCCCUACAGCUGUCCAGGCAGAGGGCUGCUGCCAGAGAGCUCGCACCCAUACUUGAUAAAGACAAAGAAUUGUGUAUGGAGGAAAUCCUGAAGCUCAAGUCCUUACUGAGCACCAAGCGAGAGCAGAUAGCCACACUCAGACUGGUUCUGAAAGCCAACAAGCAGACAGCGGAGGUGGCGCUGGCCAAUCUGAAAAGCAAGUAUGAAAAUGAAAAGACGAUGGUGACCGAAACAAUGAUGAAGCUCAGAAACGAGCUGAAAGCCCUCAAAGAAGAUGCUGCCACUUUCUCCUCUCUCAGAGCAAUGUUUGCCACCAGAUGUGACGAAUAUGUUACCCAACUGGAUGAGAUGCAGAGGCAACUUGCAGCAGCGGAGGAUGAAAAGAAGACAUUGAAUUCGCUUCUACGUAUGGCCAUCCAGCAGAAACUGGCUUUGACCCAACGACUGGAGGAUCUAGAGUUUGACCAUGAGCAGAUUCACCGUGGUCGCGGAGCUAAAGUGCCCAAGAUAAAAAGCAGCCCGCCAAAAAUCGUCAGCAGCCUGCUGCCUCAAUAUCGUCACUCUCCGCACAGCUAAGACGAGGGAGAAUUUCUUUAGCCUACAGUUCUAAAUUUCGCGCUGACCUCCAGGAAAACAAAGCCGUUUUGUCCAGCAGCUGGAGCCUUCCUUUCUCCCCUCGUGACCUUAGUAACUGCAGGGCCCACCAACCUCAGCCCCCCGGGACAUGAUCCUUGUUGACUGUCUGGGAGCGGUUCUCCUUGAGGCCUGACAGCAAUGUUUCACUGGACUCCUCGACCCAGAAGUGCUUGCUGGCCCACUAGUUCCCUUUAUAGCAAAAGCGGAGGAAGAGAAAGAGGCGUGCACACACAUAGUAAUGACAAAUCACAUGACUCUUUCCUCCUAUUUGUAAUCAUGACUAUUAACUGUUUAUAAUGGUUAUCAUGUAUUUAUUAGAUAUUUAAUAUGACUGGAAUGCUUUUUUUCCCAUUACGGCUCAUUCCUCAACUGUCACUAAAUUUUAAGACACCAAAACAUGCAGUAACAAAAGAUGGAUUUUAUCCUUUGUAAAUUGCACGUCAAUUAAAUUUUCAACCGAUAUUUUGUUUGCCACUAAAGGAGUGAAGUGAAGAAUUUCUGGCAUGGCUGGAUCUAAAGUCCACACUGGAUGCUUGUUUUUUAUAUGAAUGUUUUCUUGCCAAGCACGAUACUUUAAUAGCUACAUUUCUUUGCCUUUUAUUAUUUUAAUUUAUUUCAAAUCAGCCUCUGAGGCUCUUACUGUACUUCUACUAAGCUUAGAGACUGAGUUCGAGGAGUUUGUUUGCGAUGGGUUUUUGCCUUUGAGUUGCACAGGUUCAAGCGACCAUGUAGGGACCAGACGUCUUUUUUAAAUAUAUGUUAAAAAUCAUUUAACAACGUGUGCCUAUUCCCUAUUAUUGUAAUGUUCUACUUACAACAUCUUUUCUAAGGGGUCAUAUAAUGUUUUCUUUAUAAGGUUACAAACGCAAACUUUUUAUGAGAAAUUUAUCCAGGCGAAUCUGGAUAUGUUCCAAGUUGUACAUGUAGGAGUUGUGUGGAAUAAAUAGGCAUUCUCUAAAAUAUUGGGGAAACUUUUACAAACAGUAGUCGAUACAAAGUUAAAUUUGACAUAUCAUUAUUUGUCCUCCAGUAACAUGUCGUGAUGAUAAAUUGUAAAUGAUUACACCUGUUAACAUGCUUCCUACACACCGUAUGCAGUACAAAGCACAAUUAACACUAUGCAUUACAACAAUUUACGCCCGCCAAAUGUCAACCUACUUCCUUUUGUCAUCUAAGUGGUUUCAAAUGGUUGUAUAUUAAGCUAGUUUACUUUCGCACUGACAAGCCCAAACGCAACACAUAUGACUUGAAAACAGUCACUAAUAGGCUUUUAAACAUGUUUGUCCUUAUUUCAUUUUGUACUUCAUGCCAUAUUAAGCAUUGUGUGCUCUCCAUUUUGCAUCGCUUGUUAGAUAUGAAUGGUAUGAUGAACUGAAGCCAGUACAAUGUUUGAAAAUACAUUUCUGAAUGAGUUGAUUCUUUGUUGUAAUGUUGUUUGUGUGCCUUUGUGAUAUCUGUAGUCAUGCUGGCUCACCGGUAACCAACCUAUCUUUGGUCUGUUUGCACAAUAUAGAAGGAGAGAGAAUUAAAUGAGAAACAUGUUUUUUGGAAUUAAAAUAGAUGGAACCUGACGUCGCAAUUGAUUUUUUUGAUGUGCUUGUUUCAUCACUCUUCAAAACUGCAUUUAUCGUAAUGGCCCGAAUAUAAGACGGUGUUUUUUGCAUUGAAAUAAGACUGAAAAAGUGGGAGUCGUCUUAUAUUCGGGGUCUAGACAAUGUACCAAUUCGCGACGCUAGAUGGCGCCAGAUAUCAUUGAAGCGAUUUAUGGGUCACUUCCUGUUUAUUUUGAGUUACAGAACAGGAAGUGACCUGGGGAUCACCCAAAUGAUUAGGUAGUGACUCAAACUCAACAGGAAAUGACCUGUAAAUGAACAGCAAGUGACCUGUAAAUGCCCCGAAAAAUCAGACAGAAUGACUGUGAAUGCUCUGGUGUCGAAUUCGUGCAGCAACAAUUAAUCGGUUAACUCGAGUCGAGUAUUCGAUUAGAAAAAAAGAUUCAAAUUAAAUUUUGCGUCUUCGAGUAUUCGUUUAAUUAAAGUGGCGUUGUAAUGGUUUGUUUUGAAAGUGUUUGCAUUUAUUUUCAUUGAUUUGGGUGGAUACACAGUUCUGUAGUCUACCUCAUUUCACAUGGCUGAAUUCAUCUGCUCCCUGUCAAGACCAACACAAGUUUUUGUUUGAGCUAAUGUUUUUUUUGAAUGCAUUCGUAAUUUAGUUUAAAGGUAUAUUUAGCCAUUUUUUGUGGGAAUAUGUGUCUGAGACAUUUGCUAAGAGCAUUGUAAAAAAGCGAGAGUAUUUUAUAGCAUUUAAGCUUGCAGACUUUUGCUAUGUAAGUUGGCCAAUUGUUCUUUUGUAGUAAAUAGAUCUUAUUUUUGAUUUAAAUACCGUGUGAGGUUCAGCUCAGGUAUUUUAAUUUUUUAUGUUCCUUAUCCGAUUACUCAAUGAUUCGAAAUACAUAGUUCAUCGAUUAACCGGCUACUACAACAAUCGAUAGCAGCAGCCCUGUUUCGAAUGAACAAACGUUCCCAGUCUAAAUGGAUUGGGCAUCAAGCACCGUCAAUGGCAGCCUUAGAGUUACCUGAGACACUGUUAUGGUGGAAGAGUUUGGUAGCAACUUGUUGGUUAUUUUUAUUUUUUUAGACAUUGACACCUUUUUAAAACAAUAUCUCGAUUCUUGGCAGGAGCAUAUCGAUAACCUUUUUGGACACAAAGUAUCACGAUAUAUCACCAUUUCGAUAUAUUGUCCCACCCCUACUACCCCAGGCAAAAAAUGUAUCCCCUGGGCAGAGCCAUAUGGAGGUAGAUUUGUGUCUUCAUUAUUCGAUCAAAAAA